AGUGUUAUAUUCUUCUGGCAGCUGAUAACGUUUGCAUUAUACCGCCGCCGUCGCUUCCCAAUAUCUGGAUAAGCUCCACACUGGACCACGCAUCUGAGGUGUGUUUGAUGUCCUCGUGAGGAAGCCGAGCAGAAGAUGUGGGUGAACCCUGAGGAGGUGUUGCUGGCCAGCGCGCUGUGGAUGACAGAGAGAGCGAAUCCCUACUUCAUCCUGCAGAAGAGAAAGGGCCACGGAGACGGCGGAGGAGGGCUCGCGGGUCUGCUGGUUGGUACUCUUGACGUGGUGCUGGACUCGAGCGCCCGUGUGGCCCCGUACAGGAUCCUCUACCAGACCCCUGAUUCCCUGGUUUACUGGACCAUCGCACACGGGAGCUCUCGUAGGGAGAUCACGGAGAACUGGGAAUGGCUGGAGCAGAAUCUGCUGCAGACGCUCUCCAUCUUCGAGAACGAGAACGACAUCACCACCUUCGUCAAGGGCAAAAUACAGGGCAUUAUAGCCGAAUACAACAAAAGCCAUGAUAUCAGAGAGGAUGAUGACACGGAUAAGUUUAAGGAGGCCAUCGCUAAGUUUCGCAAGCUCUUCGUCAUGCCGGAGGAGGAGAAGCUGGUCAACUAUUACUCCUGCAGCUACUGGAAGGGCAAGGUGCCGCGGCAGGGCUGGCUGUACCUCAGCAUCAACCACCUCUGCUUUUACUCAUACCUGCUCGGGAAAGAGGCUAAGCUGGUGAUCCGCUGGGCUGACGUGACUCAGCUGGAGAAGAGCGCCACGCUGCUGCUUCCAGACAUGGUGCGUGUCAGCACACGCUGCAGCGAGCACGUCUUCUCCGUCUUCAUCAACAUCAACGAGACCUUCAAACUCAUGGAGCAGCUCGCCAACAUAGCCAUGAGACAGCUGCUGGACAACAAGGGCUUCGAGCAGGACCGCUCUCUGCCCAAACUCAAGAAGAAGUCGCCCAAGAAAGUGUCGGCCCUCAAAAGGGAUCUGGACGCCAGAGCUAAAAGCGAGCGAUACCGUGCACUUUUCCGCCUGCCGAAAGACGAGAAGCUGGACGGUCACACAGACUGCACACUGUGGACCCCCUUCAACAAGAUGCACAUCCUCGGACAGAUGUUCGUCUCCACUAAUUACAUCUGCUUCACCAGUAAAGAGGAGACCACCUGCAGUCUGAUUAUCCCACUCAGAGAGGUGACCAUCGUCGAGAAAGCUGAUAGCUGUAACGUCCUUCCCAGCCCCUUGUCAAUCAGCACCAAAAACAAAAUGACCUUCCUCUUCGCCAACCUCAAAGACCGGGACUUCCUGGUGCAGAGGAUCUCAGACUUCCUGCAGCAGACCUCCUCCAAAAUCUACUUUGAGCGGGAAAUCACGGGCAGCCUCAGCAGCUCAGACGACGAGGUGUGCUCUCAGCAGGGCAGUGUGUUGUCCUGUAGUCCCCAGCGCAGCGCUCUCGGCUCUGAAGGGGACAGUGACAGACAGUUCAAUCUCAAUGAUAACAGGGUUCCCACUGCGACACAAGCCCUAAUGACCAUGUACCGCCGGCGCUCCCCCGAGGAGUUCAACCCCAAACUGGCUAAAGAGUUUCUGAAGGAGCAGGCCUGGAAGAAUCACUUCACCGAGUUCGGCCAGGGAGUGUGUAUGUACCGCACAGAGAAGACCAAAGAGCUGGUGCUGCAGGGCAUCCCGGACAACAUGAGAGGAGAGCUCUGGCUCCUGUUUUCUGGGGCGAUUAAUGAGAUGGCCACUCAUCCUGGUUAUUAUGAGGACCUGGUGGAGAAGUCGAUGGGGAAGUAUAAUCUGGCCACCGAGGAGAUCGAGAGAGACCUGCACCGCUCUCUUCCAGAGCAUCCAGCCUUUCAGAACGAGAUGGGCAUCGCUGCCCUGCGUCGAGUCCUCACUGCGUACGCCUUCCGCAACCCCAACAUCGGCUACUGCCAGGCCAUGAACAUCGUGACCUCCGUCCUGCUGCUGUACGCUAAAGAGGAAGAGGCCUUCUGGCUGCUGGUGGCCUUAUGUGAGCGCAUGCUUCCCGACUACUACAACACCAGAGUCGUAGGUGCUCUGGUGGACCAGGGUGUGUUCGAGGAGCUGGCUCACGUCUACGUUCCUCAGCUGUACGACUGCAUGCAGGCUCUGAGUGUCAUCUCCACCAUCUCUCUGUCCUGGUUCCUCACGCUCUUCCUGUCCGUCAUGCCCUUCGAGAGCGCCGUGGUGGUGGUCGACUGCUUCUUCUACGAGGGCAUCAAGGUCAUCUUCCAGCUAGCGCUGUCGGUGCUCGACGCUAACAUCCAUCAGCUGCUGAGCUGCAAAGAUGACGGAGAGGCCAUGACCAUCCUGGGCAGGUAUCUGGACAGCGUGACCAAUAAGGACAGCACUCUUCCUCCAAUCCCUCAUCUUCACUCUCUCCUGACGGAUAACGGCGAGCCUCAUCCCGAGGUGGACAUCUUCAAACUGGUGCGCAGCUCCUAUGAGAAGUUCGGCUCCAUCCGGGCGGAUGUGAUUGAGCAGAUGCGUUUCAAACAGAGGCUGAGAGUGAUCCAGGCCAUUGAGGACACCACCAAACGCAAUGUGGUGCGCACCAUCGUGACGGAGACACCCUUCAGCAUCGAUGAGCUGGAGGAGCUCUAUUCACUCUUUAAGGCUGAGCAUCUGACCAGCUGUUACUGGGGCAGCACCAGUAACCCCAUGAGCCGGCACGACCCGAGCCUGCCGUACCUGGAGCAGUACCGCAUGGAUCUGGAGCAGUUCAAAGUGCUGUUUGCGCUGCUCUUCCCCUGGGCCUGCGGCACACACACGGACGACCUGGCCCUGCGCGUCUUCCGUCUGCUCGACCACAACGCAGACACACUCAUCAACUUCAGAGAGUUCAUCUGCGGCCUCAGUGUCCUGUGUCACGGUGACCUGACGGAAAAACUCAAAUUUCUGUAUAAGAUUCACGUACUUCCAGAGUUGCAUCAUGAGCAGGAGGAGCCCGACUCGGCGUGUGAAGCCACGCAGUAUUUUUUUGAGGACAUCACCCCAGAGACCUCCAGCGGCCUCGACCAGAAGAACAGAGCCGAGAAGGAUGAAGGUUUUGUAGGAGUCACCUUUAAAAGUGAAAGAGUAAAGAAAAUGCAGACUCCAGAUUACCGCACGUACAUGCGCCUGUGGAACCAGGAGACCAAAGAAAAGUUAGAGAACAUGAAGGACCUGCCCAAACUCAACCAGAGCCAGUUCAUCGAGCUGUGCAAGACUCUCUACAACAUGUUCAGUGAAGACCCCAGCGAGCAGGAGCUGUAUCACGCCACGGCCACGGUCACCAGCCUGCUGCUGGAGAUGGGAGAGGUGGGCAAGCUCUUCUCUAGUCCGGCUCACAAGACAGACGAGGAGAACGAGGACGAGCGCAUGCCUGUCCCGAGCAAGAGCAAGCAGGAGCGCCAUCAGCCGGAGGACUCCUCGCCCAAAGACACGGCCACGUCCUGCGCCAUGCUCCUCUCCGACGACGACACCUCUGUGUCCUCCUACUCUGUCCUGAGCGCCGGCUCGCACGAGCUUCAGUGCGAGGACAUCGCCGAGGACACCGUGCUCAUACGCAGCGGCGCAGCGGCCGCCGGGCAUCAUGGGAGGAGGGCCGGUUUGCCUCACAGCGUCAGCGUCGAUAAGGACUGGGCCAUCACGUUUGAGCAGUUCCUGGCCUCGGUGCUCACCGAACAAGCUCUGGUGCAGUACUUUGAGAAACCUGUGGAGAUCGCCGCGCGAAUAACCAACGCCAAGAACGUCCGCAAGGUGGGACACCAACACAUGUCCCUCAGUGACUACGAGAUCUCGCUAUCGGGCUAAAAACUGUUACAGGAGUAGUUAUCCAAAACACAAGAUUUGGACCUCGAUUACUCACUUUUAUGUUAAUGCUAGUUUCUCCAUACAAUCUCUGUCGAGCGAAAACAUGACAAGAAGCACCAUAAAAAUAGACUUGGACACUACACAGUGAGCUUUCUGAAGCCAUACGCUAGCAACUUGAACAAACAACAAACCUCACAUUUUAUGACGUUUAUGAUGUUUCUUUUGUGAUGUUUCAUGGUCAGCUUGAAAUGUUAUAUGCACUGUUUGAUUUUAUUAUGCAG